AUGCCCAUAUCGCGGAUAAAACCCCUUAAGGAAGCUAACUUAAGGCCCAAGGCAAUCCCACCGCGCCUUUAUUCCAAUAAAAGGCAGACAGCUCCAGCUUGCCGCGACUCUACAACUGGAGAUAAGGCUACUCAGCAUCACACCAAUCCUAACAUUAAUAGUGUACCCAUUAUACACCAUCCUCGAAAAGUUAGCUUUGCAAUUGCAAUGGCAAUGGCUUGCAAGAGCAUCCAAUGCAGUUCUUCAUCUCUGAUGACAUGGAAAUAUGAUGUGUUUGUGAGCUUCAGAGGUGAGGAUACACGUAAAACUUUCACUGAUCAUCUCUUUGCUGCUCUCCAUAGAAAAGGAAUUCUUGCCUUCAGGGAUGAUACAAAGCUCAAGAAAGGUGAAUCCAUAGGACCUGAGCUUCAACAAGCAAUUGAAGGGUCUCGGGUUUUGGUUGUGGUCUUCUCAAAGAACUAUGCUUUCUCAACAUGGUGCUUGCGAGAACUUGCAAAUAUUCUCGAUUGCGUUCAAGUAUCAGGAAGACGGGUUCUGCCUAUUUUCUAUGAUGUUGAUCCAUCUGAGGUACGAAAACAAAGUGAGAGUUAUGAGAAAGCCUUUGCUGAAUAUGAAGAAAAAUUCAAAGAAGAUUUAGACAAGAUGGAGGAAGUGAAAAGAUGGAGAGGAGUUCUGACACAAGUGGCCAAUCUCUCUGGUUGGGAUGUAAGAGAUACGCCACAAAAUGCAGAGAUUGAAAAAAUUGUUAAAUACAUAGGAAGUAUAUUGAAUCACAAAACUUCAAGUCUUCCAAAUGAUAUUGUUGGGUUGCAAUCUCCGGCAGAAAAAUUAGAAAAACUUUUACUUUUGGGGCCGGUUGAUGAUGUUCGAGUUGUAGGAAUUUGUGGUAUGGGGGGGAUAGGAAAGACAACUCUUGCUUCAGUUUUGUGGGAUAGAAUCUCUCAUCAUUAUGAUGCUCACUGUUUUAUUCAUGAUUUAAGCAAUUCUGGUCCAAUUGAGGCACAAAAGCAACUUCUAAGCCAAACUCUACAUGAAGAAAACCUUCAUAUGCCCAAUCCUUUAAAUGCAGCUAGUUUAAUAAGAAGUAGGCUUCGUCAUUUAAGGUCCCUGAUUGUUCUUGAUAAUGUUGAUAAAGUUGAACAUAUAGAGAAAUUAGCUGUGGAUCCUCAAUGGUUAGGUGCGGGGAGUGGAAUCAUUAUAAUUUCUAGAGAUGAACAUAUCUUAAGAGAGUAUGGAGUGCACGCUAUUCACAAGGUUCAACUCUUGAAUUGUGAUGAUGCUCUUCAAUUAUUUUGUAAAAAAGCUUUCAAAUGUGAUGAUAUAAGGAGAGGUUAUGAAGCAUUGACAAAUGAUGUAUUAGAAUAUGCUAAUGGCCUUCCACUAGCAAUUAAAGUAUUGGGCUCAUUUUUGUCUGGACGAAGUGUCUCUGAGUGGAGAAGUGCAUUGGCAAGAUUGAAAGAAAUUCCAAACAGAGAUAUAUUAGAUGUGCUACGAAUCAGUUACGAGGGACUCCAACAAAUGGAAAAAGAAAUAUUUUUGGAUAUUGCUUGUUUCUUCAAUGGGAAAAAGCCAGGAUAUGUUAUGGAAGUUCUACGUUGUUGUGGAUUUCAUCCAGAAAUUGGAAUGAAAGUUCUCAUUGAUAAAUCUCUGCUAACUAUUUCUUACCAUUACUCAGUAUUUUAUCAUAUCAAAAUGCACGAUUUGUUGCAAGAGCUCGGGAGAAAAAUAGUUCAAGAAAAUUCACCCAAAGAGCCAAGAAAUUGGAGCAGGCUUUGGCUCUACAAAGAUUUUCGCAAGGUUAUGUUGGAGGAGAAUAUGGAAAACAAGGUUGAAGCCAUAGUUUUGAACGGCUCAGAAGAAUCUGAAGAAUUGAUGGCCGAAGGAUUGUCAAAAAUGAAGCACCUUAGAUUGCUCAUACUCAAUGGUGUGAAAUUUUCGGGAAGACUCAAUUGUUUUUCCAAUAAAUUUCGAUAUGUUGAGUGGGAUGAAUAUCCCUUCAUGUACUUGCCAUCAAGUUUUGAACCGGAAGAGCCUGUUCAUUUGAUCUUGAAGCAAAGCAACAUAAAAAGACUAUGGGAGGGCAAGAAGUACAUGCCCAAUUUGAUGAGUCUUGACCUUAGCCACUCCAAAAAUCUUAUGAAGAUGCCAGAUUUUGGAGAGGUCCCAAAUCUUGAGGAGCUUAUUCUUGAAGGAUGUACAAAACUUGUGCAGAUCGAUCCAUCCGUUGGUCUUCUAAGAAAGCUUGCUUACUUGAAUUUGAAAAACUGCAAAAAUCUAGUAGGUAUACCCAACAACAUAGUGGAUGUCACCUCUCUCCUAUAUCUAAAUCUCUCUGGCUGUUCAAAAAUGUUCAGUAACCAUCUUCCAUGGCAUGAGGAGCAUUUGAAGAAGCUUGGUAUAAGUGAAACAGCCUCCCACUUGCAGUCAACAUCCUCUACCUUUGAAAGGCUUUUGUUGCCUUUCCACUCUUCUAAUUCUAGAACAGAUAAAGAUUCAGCUACUUGGUUGUUGCCUUCCUUGCCUUGCUUCUCUUGUUUGACAAUUCUUGAUCUGAGUUUCUGCUAUCUGCAACAAAUUCCUGAAGCUAUUGGAACUUUGCUUUGCUUAACAUUUCUUAAUUUGGAGGGAAACAAUUUUGUGACAAUGACGUGUAGCCUGAAGGAGCUUUCAAAACUUGUGUAUUUGAACUUGUCACAUUGCAAGCACUUGAAAUCUUUGCCUCAGCUCCCUUCACGUCCUUACAUGCCAGCAGGAGAUGAAGUUCCUGAGCAUCAGAGAACACCACUUACAUUAUACAUCUUCAACUGCCCAAAUUUGAGUGAGAGGGAACGCUGCAACAGCAUGAUAUUUUCAUGGAUGGUACAGGUCGUUCAGGUGAGCCUAGAAUCCUCUGCCCCUUUGGAGGGUAUUGAUAUUGUUUUUCCGGGAAGUGAAAUACCAAGGUGGUUCAACAAUCAGAAUGUGGGCAAUUCAAUAAGUGUUGACCUAUCUCCCAUUAUGCAUGACGAUGAUUGGAUAGGCAUUGCUUGCUGUGCAGUAUUUGUGGCAUCUUGUGAUCCAAUUACUUUGAGAUGCGGACACGGUGUCACUUUUCAGAUUGGUUUUUAUUAUAAAUCGGAUUGGUCAUUUUUCGACAGUCAUGUACACAUGCAGGGUGAACUGUUAACUGUUGAAUCAGAUCAUAUCUGGCUAUUCUAUUUCCCAUGGGAAAUAUCAAGUGGUAUUAUGAGUCUUGCAGCUAGCCAAAAAAGUGACAAUCAUGAUUUUGAAGAUAUUAAGAUGAUAGUUUCGUUCAGGGACGGUGCAGGUGUGCACUUGGAAGUGAAAAAUUGUGGGUAUCAUUGGGUAUUUAAGAAGGACUUUGAACAAUUCAAGAAGAUGCAUAGAGGUGAUCCAAUGUCUCAAAAGCGCGAGAUUUUAGAAAUUGAUGGAGAGCCACAGCCAUAA